UUUGCAGGAACUCUCCAUUGAUAGCACGCGUUUGUUAGGAAAAUACCACAUAUGUAUGGGUUCAAUAAUUACACUGUUCAGCAUGGCAUUUUUUCCAGAAAAACUGCCAACAUUUAGACAGAUGAAGAUCGGACCCACGAGCAUCGUUUGUGUCAUACUGUCAUAUGCACAGAGAUGAUAUUAUCCAGAGAUUUCAGCCAAUUAUUUUGCCUAAAUAUAUCAUGAUGUCAGCUUGUUCUGAUCCUCACUGGUUGACUGCUCUCCCAGUAUAACAACCUUAUAUGUCUAGAAAGUUUAACGUAAAUUUUCUUAAUUUCCUUUUUUACAUGGCAAGGACAUAGAGUGACAAUUUUUUAUUUUACUUGCCAUUUGGAGAUUUCUUGAGACUAUGGCUCUUCUCUAGUCCUAGUUUCUUCCGGGAGAUAUAUUGCGACUCCCAAAGGAAACAGAUAUAAAAAAAGGUAAAACUUCCCAACAGUAGGGACACCUUUCAUGGCCAAACUAGACCAACAUCCAUAGCCUUUCUUCUGUAUAUAAGCAUCAAGCUCCAACUGAUCAGAAGAAUUUAAGUCUCUUCCUGAACGCAACCAACCCUAAACACAUCUUCUGCUACUCUCUCUUUCACUCGCGGAAAUAUGGGACUGAGGGAUAUAGAGUCUACUUUGCCCCCAGGGUUUAGGUUCUACCCGAGCGAUGAGGAGCUGGUGUGCCACUACCUCUACAAGAAGGUGAGCAAUGAGAGAGUCAUGCAGGGAACAAUGGUGGAAGUGGACUUGCAUACUCGCGAGCCAUGGGAACUUCCCGAGGUGGCCAGGCUAAAUGCAAACGAAUGGUACUUCUUCAGCUUUCGAGACCGCAAGUAUGCCACUGGCUCACGCACCAAUCGGGCAACCAAGACUGGCUACUGGAAGGCCACUGGAAGGGAUCGAACGGUCUACGAUCCAUCGGCCCGUGAGAUCGUAGGGAUGAGGAAGACUCUGGUUUUCUAUCGAGGGAGAGCCCCAAACGGGAUCAAGUCCUGUUGGGUCAUGCAUGAGUUCCGCCUAGAGAACCCGCAUACGCCCCCGAAGGAGGACUGGGUACUGUGUAGAGUAUUCCGCAAGAGGAAAAGGGAGGAAGAAGAAGAGAUGAAGAUGAGCUCAUCAUCAUCUCCUCAAAUGGGGGACCGACCCUUAAGCUUAGCUCCUUCAGUUUACGGUGGUCCGCACCAAGAGAACAACCACAACAACAGCAAUGGCAACAACUCAAGCUUCGUUGAUAAUGUAGCCAAUUUGCUGCAGUGCAAUUUUCUUGACUUCACGCCCCAAAUGGAAAUGGAUUCCUGCGGUGGUGACGAGCUUGGAUUGCUUUUGGAUGUGGACCUUGGGGGGAAAUUCUCUGGGGUGUGGGAACCUUAGCUAGGAGAUCCUAGGUCUCAAA